AUGCUGGUAAAUACUGCUCGUGAACGGUUCGGACCUAUUCACGUCGCUUUGUGCCAUAUCGGUAUGGUGAUUCCGAAACCGUUGUUGGAAUACAAAGUAGAAGAGUGGGAUGAGACCAUGGCGGUCAACGUGCGGACAGCGUUCUUAUUGGGCAGUGCCGCAUCCCGUUCAAUGCUUGAAGAUGGCAUUAAAGGACAACUUAUUUUUACGACAUCUUGGGUCGCUGAUGUGCCGUGGCCCGAUAUUGGACCGUAUAACGCAAGCAAGGCUGCAAUGAAGCAGUUAAUGCGUUCCUUUGCACGGGAACUCGCGGACAAAGGAAUUCGCUCAAACGCAGUCGCACCCGGGAUCGUCAGCGUUGGGCUUGCCAAACAACAGUGGGAUACGGAUCCAAUCUACCGUGCUCGGGCACAGAAAGCAAUCCCUCUUGGCGUUAUGCAACCGCUUGAUUCGGUGGCAGACGCCUUUCUAUUUUUGUGCAGCACCGCUGCAGAUUAUAUGACUGGGACAGUGCUACUCGUAGACGGUGGAUGUAGUCUGUAUCCAAUGGAUGACGCCUAA